CGGUACCCGGAGCCUACUCUUUGAGAGCCGGAAGCGGGCGCAAGGGGCGGGGGUGGGGAGAGGAGGAAGCGGCGGUCCCAAGGCCGUCGGAGCACGCUGAGCAUCUGGAUGGAGUAUUAAAGGGGGAGCGUAUCUAGAAGGACCCGUGGCUCCGAGGAAGGGAAGCGAAGCGACACGGAUCUCUUCCCAACCCCCGGAAGACGAAAGACGAAGGCCGACGGCCGUGAUCACCAACUGCUGCCAGGCGCCUUUUGGUGACGCGGCCACCGCUCGCAGACGCGCUGACGGACCCCGGCCUCCACGUCGCAGGUUCUGCAAAGGCCUGUGGGAGCGUCCCGAGAGAAGGAGGGCCAAGAUGGCGGAAGCGGCGGAGUCUCCUGGAGACCCGGGGACAGCAACGCCCAGGCCCCUGUUUGCAGGCCUUUCAGAUAUAUCUAUCUCACAAGACAUCCCCGUGGAAGGAGAAAUCACCAUUCCUAUGAGAUCUCGCAUUCGUGAAUUUGACAGUUCCACAUUAAAUGAAUCUGUUCAGAAUACCAUUAUGCGUGAUCUAAAAGCUGUUGGGAAAAAAUUCAUGCAUGUUUUGUACCCAAGGAAAAGUAAUACUCUUUUGAGAGAUUGGGAUUUAUGGGGCCCUUUAAUCCUUUGUGUGACACUUGCAUUAAUGCUUCAGAGAGGCUCUGUAGAUAGCGAAAAAGAUGGAGGGCCCCAGUUUGCAGAAGUGUUUGUCAUUGUCUGGUUUGGUGCAGUUACCAUCACCCUCAACUCAAAACUUCUUGGAGGAAACAUAUCUUUUUUUCAGAGCCUCUGUGUGCUGGGUUACUGUAUACUUCCCCUGACUGUGGCAAUGCUGGUUUGCCGACUGGUACUUUUGGCUGAGCAAGGACCAAUAAACUUCAUGGUCCGGCUUUUUGUGGUGAUCCUGAUGUUUGCCUGGUCUAUAGUAGCCUCUACAGCUUUUCUUGCUGAUAGCCAGCCUCCAAACCGCAAAGCCCUUGCUGUUUAUCCUGUUUUCUUGUUUUAUUUUGUCAUCAGUUGGAUGAUUCUCACCUUCACUCCUUAGUAAAUCAGGAAAUGGAAAUUAAAAACCAAGGAAUUCAAAGCUCAUCUGAAAGAUGCAGUUCACCAUGGAGCUUUGCCUCUGGCCCUCUUUUGUCUAAUUUUGAAGGUAUUUGGUAACUGGGUACGUGAGGAGAUUAAAAGGGAGCCAUAAAGCACCAUCACCAUUUAUGUAAGGAACUGACCUUUGAAAGGCUGUCCUUUACCUUUUAAUAUUAUUUCUUUAAAAUACAUGUGCAUAGUACACACAGUCUCAUGCCUCCUGAGGCAUAAUGGGGUCACCGUGGUCCAUUUGGGUGACAACCAGUGACUCAAGAAGCACAUGGAUACAUCCUGCAAGUUGAAUAUAGUUGGUAACUAUAUUUUUAGUUUUGAGAAUACCAGUUCAGGGUGCAGCUCUUAAACACAUUGCCUUAUGACUAUUAGAAUAUGCCUCUCCUUUCAUAAAUAAGAAAGGAUAUCUAUCCAUUUUAUUUCUCUUAAGCUUAAAAAGACAAUGACAGAGGUUGGGAAGGGGGUUCAUAGAUGUGGGAGGAAAAAACAUGAACUAACCAAAAUUCAGAUUUUGAUUAGAGAAAAUUCUGCACUUGUUGCUUAAAAAAAAAAAAAAGCAGAGGACAUCUAAAACCUAAGCUUUUUUAGUCUUUCUGUAUAGUUACCCUUCUGUGCUUCAUUAGCACUUCAUUGACACUCUUAACUUUUAAUCUUAUUCCCUAGUUCUGCAUAUGCAAGCUAUUAGCGGUCAACAUAUAAUUUUCCUUUGACUGAAGCUCUCAGUGGACUGACCAAUGCUUGAACUUAUCCAAGUAGAAGAUCUCAGAAAUUUAGAUUGGUAGGUCCCUAAUGCAUAUUAUUAUGUGGGCACCUUCUCUUAAGGGUAGAAUGAGGUGGUUUGCAUAGAGCAUAGCUCUAAGGAACCCUUUGCUAUUCUGUGUAGUCUGGCCUCUAAGUAGAAAGUAAAGCUAAAUCAGAAGCCUGCAUUUGACCAUGUGAACAUGGAGGGAUUUAGUGUUCCGAUGGCUGAUUCACAGAACGUCUAGAUGCUUAGAGCAUAACAUAAGAUGAGUUGAGCUGCCACCUUUUUUCAUAGUGGGCUUAGCAGUUUUCAUUAGGUAUGGUUUUUUGGGUUGGGAAAUGUCAAUUUAUUUUGUUGGAUUUAGACUUUAUUUGUAAAGCCACUUAGCUCUCCUUUAGACAAGUACUUUUUUGCACAUAAGCACCGACUUGUAUUCUCAGCUAUUUAUGCACGCAAGUAUGAAGGCUUUUUAGAGAGCGGGGUGUCUGGGACAUGCUGAUUCUGAGCUAAUCAUGGCUCCUUUAAGGUAAUAUGAGCUGCUGCCUUCUAUAAAUUGCACAGUGAAGAACUCUUAAUAGACAAAGAUUAGGAGUCAGGCAGAAAACAUUUGUUGUAAAUAUGCAGUUACUUAUAAAGAUAGGAAUUUCUUAUUCUGCAUUUUUUCUUUAUCACAGAAUUUAAAUAUUUAUUCAUUUGUAUUUAAAGACAACCUACACAUAGAUAUAUAAUUUUAAAGACAUUUUCUCCAUCCCUUGAUUAACCUAAUGAACAGUACUAGGACAGAUGAGUUCUUGGAAUGAUAUUCAACUACAAAGCGUUACAAAGUUGGUCCCCUCUGUUUCAGCCUUGUUCAGAUAUUUGGGUACUGUGUUUGUAUUUAUUUCAAUGUCCCUUUUAAAUUUCAAAAUGAACCCUUUUAGGAUAAAGCCAGAGUUUCAGUCUUGCACUGAUAAAAUAUUUUGAAAUUGGUUCUAAUUUUGAACUUGGUCGUAAAUUAUCCAUUUCCAUUGUCUGAAAUUUUCUAACUUCCCACUAAAAAUAACUGUCUUCCAAAGUUGUUUCCUAAUCUCUCUCAAUGAUUAUAAUGUAAAAUUAAAGAAAUAACCAUACUUCUCAAAAGGGAAUUAAAUCUUUACUGAAUUUCACUCAGGCUAAAUAUUUGGUCAGAAAUUCCUAAGGCCACAACUUUGGUGGGCUUUGUGUGUGUGUGGUGGGAGUAGGAGGGCGAUGAGUAAUGCAUAUUGACUGUUAAGGCAACUCGUUCUGUGUUUUAAUCUGUUACUUUUGGGAAUAGUUUUAUUGAUUUAAAUGAAGGUGGGUAAAAUGGAGAUUUAAUUAUCUUUCUGAAAAUGAGUGGUCAGCUUGAUGAUGUAAAUAAAUAUUUUCUUAAUAUAUGCAAAAAAGUGCAUUGCUUUCUGUCACAGAAGACCUGAGUAUCUGGAAGUUGUAACCCUCAACACAACUUUCCCUAAUUUGCUGCAGAGGCACAUGGCUAAUUAUAGAAAGGAAGACUAGAAGGGAAGGGGACUGCAGCAAAGGAAACCUGUUCCAGGAAAUGGAAGGUUUCCUGUUUUAGAUGAGAUGCACGUGUUUGAGCAUCAUUGCUUAAUGUGGUGCAUUAUUUCUGUUGUGGCCUAUCACUUGCUGCUCCUACUUCUGAGAUUGAGACUCCAUGUUGUCACAUUCUUUAGCAAUAGGAAAGGUUAACUGGGUUUAAUUGCUAUUCAGAUUAUAAAAACCCAAUUGGUGUGAACAUCUUUGAAUGUGUAGUGUAUUCUUAAAAGUCCAUCAUUAAUUGUCAAGUCUUUUGCCUCUUAAGUGGCUUACUCUGUGAAUUGAAUUUGAUCUUUUCAUUGUGAUAGGGAUUUUUGUUCAGCAGGGUGAGGUGGGUCACAGGGCAUGGGGCUAGUAAGCAGUUACUGUUGACUAUAUUUGUCUUUUUAUAAGGUGUCCCCAAAAAUGUGAAUAGAAGCCUCUAUUUGAGGGUUUAAUUAUGUACUUUAUAUAAUCUAGGUAUUAACUGUAUUUAGACUUGCUGUUUAAUUCCUGGAGGUGAAGAUGAAAAUCUGUCAUUUCAAAUUCUUGGGUAACAUCAAGUCAUUGGAAUUUAUCUAAAGCCUAUCUUGAUGUGAUCGGAUGUCCAUUGCAUGUAGUUGUUUUAUUCCUGAGUAAAAUACUGAAAUUGUGCUUCUUAAUUAAACUGUUCAUUUCUGAGACAAUUUGGAUAGAAAUAAAUGUGUGAAGUUAAUCCAUAUAUGUAAAUUAGAAAUACUUCUCUAGAUUCUGUGGGCUUUUAUUAAAAAUAAAGAAUUUCAAGGGAUUUACUUAGGCCAUAGCAUGGCUGAAUAAUAAUGUGACAAUAAUAUUACUACUAAUAUUAGCUAACAUUUAUUGGGCACUUACUAUGUGCCAGACACUAUUCUAUUUUUUUAAGAAUUUUUUUAUGAAAGCUUUAUUGUGAUACACUCUACCAUAAAAUUCACCCUUUUCAAGUGAUGUAAAAUUCAGUGAUUUUUCAAUACACUCACAUCAUUUUGCAACUGUUACUGCGAUCGCAUUUUAGAACAUUGCUAUCACUCCAUAAUGAAACCUCGUUAUCCAUUAGCAGUCACUCCUUUUUCCUAGCACCUGGCAACAUUAAUCUGCUUUCUGUGUAUUGAUUUGACCAGGCAAAUUCUUAAGUGCUUUUUUUUUUCCUAUUCUGGGGCCACACCCACAGCAUAUGGAGGUUCAGGCUAGGGGUCCAAUAGAAGCUGUAGCCGCCGGCUUAUGCCAGAGCCACAGCAACACAGAAUCUGAGCCGCGUCUGCAACCUACACCACAGCUCAGGCAACGCCGGAUCCUUAACCCACUGAGCAAGGCCAGGGAUUGAACCUGCAACCUCAUGGUUCCUAGUUGGAUUCGUUAACCACUGAGCCAUGAUGGGAACUCCUUAAGUGCUUUUCAUGCAUCUCCUCCAACCCUUAACAUAAAGUGCUACACUCCUCAUUUUACUGGUAGAAAAUCGAGGCUCAGAAAGGUUAAGUAAAUUGUCCAAGGUCACACAGUAAACUGAUUAAAAUGGGAAAACACAUUAGCUGAGAUCAUAGUAGGACACAUGUUGAAUUGCAUUGUUAUGCACAUGAAAUGACUAUACCUCCUCCCCAGGGUAUGUUCCCUGUUAUUAGCCAUUGCAACCUACAGCUCACUGGAGGUCAAUAACUCCUUUUUUCUUCAGUACUAGAACACUGUAUUAGCAGCAUCUGAGAAAAACACAAGAGCUAUUGUACAUUGGGAAGAGUUAGGUUUGCUGCCCUUAUUCCUCUUUGAGCACCUUUUUUCAUCUUCUCACCACCACCAGAUACAUACACCCCUCCCCUUUUUCUCAAAGUCUUAAGAAUCAAACAAUUUCUGCCUCUUUCAUUUUAAUUCUCCUAGAAGGAUGGUUAACACGUCAAAAUUUAGCUUGUCUGUUCAGGUGUUUAUAGUCAAGAGAUACAAUUGGUCACAUGUAGUACCAUCAAUAUUCCUAAGACCUCAGCGGUUAUGAGAAUAGAAUGCCUUUUUAUUUGGGUUAAACUAGGUGGGGGGAGAGAAAAAACACAGUAAAGGCUUUGCCUUAAUGAAAUCACUGCUCCAGCCUGGUAGGAAGUGGCCACAUGCUGCUCUUGUUCACUCUGUUCUUUUUUCAGAGCCCUUGUACUCUGCACCAUCACUGCUGGUAAUUUCUUGGUCCUCUUCAUACUGUUUUAAUCUUGAUCUUUCCUAUAAAGAACCUGUGAAAGUAUAAAGCUGUAAAAUGAUUUGUGGAUUUUAAAUGUGCAAAUAAACACUGGAAAAUGAAAA